AUGAGUCUGCUGGUCACCAUGAUCCACCAAGUCCUGGCGUUCAUCGCUUGUAACCCUGCCCAUUUGUCCCACAUGCAUUGGAGCUGGGACUACCUCAACCCACUCGUCUACCUGACUGGCUACGGAUCAUGGUACCAAGAUGCCCGUGCCAUCAUGCUCACGAUUUUCGACGUCAUGCAACUGCUCUCCACAUACUGGGGCCAUAAGAAAUAUGGCUCAGAAUGGUUCAAGAUGUAUCCCGGCCAUUGGGCAUGGUGGAUUUGGGGCAUCUAUACCUCAGCUAGUCAUUAG